CCUUGAUCUCAUCUUCGUCGCGUGCAUGCUGAAGGCUUACACCAGUCGCUCAGUCACCCGUGCCUAGAGAAGAACCAUAUACUGCAUGAGCAUCGCGUCUUGCGCCGCAGCCUUCGCGAGGUGCUAUCUUCCUCCUAUAAAAUUCGGUAACAAUGCCACGUCCUAGGAAGCGAAAACGCGCUGCUUCUACAGGCGAGGGCACUGUCAAUGGCUCGCUAUGCACCAAGAAGAAGAUGAAGGAGCAGACUGAUAGUCAAUCCUUGAUCUCGCAAUGUCGGCAUCCUGUUCUCAGCCAGUAUUACCCGCAUGUCCAAAGUCUACGCGAAUAUGUUAUAGCACAGCUGCCGCCUGCUUCCAGGAUCAGGCGGAGGAAAAUAUCCGCUGUUGGUAUUAUCAACAUGUCCCGUAACGCGCACUUGUCAGACACGGAGCGGUCUCUCGGGACUUUGCUGGAUACCACACUUAUUGGACACUCGAAUCCCAUGACCGAAGAAGCGGCUCGUCAUCUGGACGAAUGGAAGACUUUCUCUCAAAGAGGCGACGACUCCUACCAGACUCUUUCCAAUGGCGUUGCCGGCUUUAUUGAAUCGCAGGCCCUGAUCGUGGAAUACGUUGUAAGGACCAUUUUCAUUAGAGACAAGUCUGCCAAGUGGCCUGAUCACCUCCUAUGCAAUGGCUUUCGUCGAAAUGGGGCCUUGGGACUGCGAACUGUCAGACCGAACCCUUAUGUGGAAGCAUUGCAGCAGUCCCCUUGGCCUCAGCUUCUAUCUCUUCUAGGCGAUUCAGGAGAGCGUAUCAUGAUAGACUUGCUUCUAAACGGUGAUAUAUUCAUAUCUGUCGAUACAGGUACGAAUAAUAUCUGCCAAGUGAGUGGAAGGCCACUAUCUAAUAUCCCUCUAUACCGGCCGUUACCAGCUCAUGAAAAAGGCAAUACACCUAAAAAUUCUACAGAGCUUGUUUUUGUGCGAAGUAGAAUGUUUUAUGCAAGGCCUGCCCUGAAUGCUCGAGGACAGGUUCAAUUUGGUCUGAGGCACAUCCCAGCUAGACAAAGUACAAGACAUGCGCAUACGAACGCGGUUGGCCCAACAGAAUGAAAUUCAUACAUUGAAAGUGAUGAUGUACAUGUUCCCUAGACAAUUCGGGCUUCAUAACAUCUUCACUAGCAAAGUCGACAUGAAAGAAACGUCGCAACGAUUUAAGGACUACACUCUGCGAGAGGAAGAAAUUGUUGAGAAGUUCGGCCGGCUUGAGGAUAGUGGUGUUCAAGUGAAAAUCCCCAAGCGACUCCGAGGGAACGCAAGAAA